GCGCUUAUCAGCUGUUAUUUGUUUACAUGUGAAGCAAUCUGCAAGAACAAAGACAUUAUACAGCUGACAAACAAAUCAAAUAUUUUUUUCGGAUAUUCGCAAGUUAAACUGUUCAUAAAUAUAAUUUUUGCAUAAUUAUAGACGAGUGUAAUCAGAAUCAUGAUUGUGAUGAGCACGUUCAUUGCGUUUUUAAACCUUUUACUAGCAAUUUGUGGGUGUAUCGAUCUUACCAACGGACUUGUGGAAAAUAAAACGGAUAUCAAAGGUAAACCUUUCGAUUAUACGUGGUUGCAGGAUGUACCACCAACUCGUGGCCUGCUAUAUCCACGCGAAUCGGAGUCUCGUGAAGUACGUACGCUCGAUGGCAUUUGGCGUUUUUUGCAGUCGGACGUGGCUGAUCCCAUGAAGGGUGUGCGCGAUGGUUGGUACAAAGCUGAUUUGGACAAGGUGAAACCAACACGUCCAAUGCCAGUGCCUUCAAGUUAUAAUGAUAUUAGUGCAGAGAUGGAAUUGCGCGAUCACAUUGGUACCGUGUGGUAUGAAAGGACAUUUUUUAUACCACAUUCCUGGAAUAUGGAUCAGCGCAUUUGGUUACGUUUUGGAAGUGUUCAUUAUGCAGCCAUUGUUUGGAUAAAUGGUGAAAAAGUAAUGUCACAUUCUAUUGGACACUUGCCGUUCGAGUCAGAAAUAACAGGUCAAGUGAAAUUUGGCGCUGAAAACAGGUUAACAUUACUGUGUGACAAUACGCUUGUGAAUUCAACAAUCCCCCAGGGCUCAAUAGUUGAGGAGGAAAGUGAUAAUGGCAAGGAGAUGAUACAACGGUAUACCUUCGAUUUCUUCAACUAUGCUGGCAUUCACCGUACUGUGCAUCUUUAUACCACGCCUGCUGUUUACAUUGAAGACAUUAAGAUCUCAACCGAUUUGAUUGAGCACCAUGUAGGUCUGGUACAUUAUGAAGUAACCGUUAAUGGCAUUGAAAGAAAAGAAAAGGCUGUAGUUUAUGAUCCACCAAUUGAACCACUUUAUGUACAUGUGCAACUGCGCAAUAAAGAUGGUGAAAUAGCCGCACAUAGUGUUUCGAAAGCAACGUUGAAUGGCACGAUUGUAGUAAAGGAUGUUAUGCCUUGGUGGCCGUAUUUGAUGAGUCCGGAACCUGGCUAUUUGUACACUAUGGAAUUAUAUUUGCACGCAGUUGAUGAAUCACUGCUCGAUGUAUAUCGUAUGAAAAUCGGCAUACGCACAUUAAAAUGGAACAAUUCAACAUUUCUGUUAAAUGAUGCACCUAUAUAUUUACGUGGCUUCGGACGACACGAGGAUUCUGAUAUUCGUGGCAAAGGUUUUGAUUAUGCCUUACUGACGAGGGAUUUUAAUUUGAUCAAAUGGAUUGGCGCGAAUGCUUAUCGUACCUCACAUUAUCCUUACUCGGAGGAAUCGAUGCAAUUUGCUGAUGAGUUUGGCAUUAUGCUCAUAAAUGAAUGCUCAGGCGUUAAUGCAGACAUUUUUGAACCAUUAUUAUUACGAAAUCAUAAAUCCUCAUUGGAACAGCUAAUACAUCGUGAUCGCAAUCAUGCCAGCGUAAUUAUGUGGUCUAUAGCAAAUGAGCCCCGUUCCGCUAAUCCACAGGCGGAUAAAUAUUUUAAAAUUCUAUCAAAUUACACCAAAUUAUUGGACCCUACGCGACCUAUCACGGCCGCUUUAAACAUUGAGGCGAAAAAAGACAAAGUGGGAAAAUAUCUCGACGUAAUAAGUUUUAAUAGAUAUAAUGCAUGGUAUCAAAACGCCGGACAAUUGGAUAUGAUAACCAAGCAUGUGGUGGAGGAAGCAACACUGUGGCAUGAAAUGCACAACAAAACCGUUAUAAUGACAGAGUACGGUGCCGAUACUUAUGAGGGAUUACAUUUUCUGCCAGCAUAUAUUUGGUCCGAGGAUUAUCAGCGUUCACUGCUUAGCAAACACUUCAAAGCGUUUGACAACUUGAGAUCACAAAAAUGGUUUAUCGGUGAAUUCUUAUGGAAUUUUGCAGAUUUCAAAACGGCACAAACAUACACACGCGUUGGCGGUAAUAAGAAGGGAGUAUUUACGCGUCAACGUCAACCAAAAUCAGCAGCAUAUUUACUACGUCAACGUUACUUUGGCUUGGCUGUUGAAUUAGAUCAAUGCGAAGCACCACCGGAAAUAUUCGAUUACGUUAUACAUUGGCAAGAGCGGCCACAAUACACAAGAGACUAUGAGGACUUAUAAAUUAACUCGAAUAUCUCAUAAAUAUAAAAUAUAUAUAAAAAAAAUUAAUU